AUGAAGAGUCUGAUUGCUUUUCUGGUAUCUUUGGUGGUAUUGGAUUUACAUUACGUAUUUGCAAAUGAUCUUAGUACCAACCUUGUCGGAAGAAAUCAUGUUUUAACUGGUCCUCAAGCAUAUCUUGGUAGAUUUGAAAGUCUUGGAGAUGUGAGAAAAUGUAUGAACUCCGCAAAUAAUCAAACUCAUUCAAAGUUUAUUAAAAACUCAAAACUUUCUCCCAUCUCCUGCUUACAAAAUAAUACUGAGAUAGCACAACGCUUUAUUACUUCAAUAAACGGAACUGAAUAUGCUUUAUUCAGCAAUGAAACUGUAAAUCCAAUUUAUUCCAAAAGUGAAGAUUCUCUCUUAUCUGAAAUACAAACUGCAGAGGUUUUAAUGAAUUACAAAAAACAAGAUCCAGAAGUAGAAACUCUUGUUAUCGAUCUUGACACACUAACAGAUGUAUCAGGUAAUAACCAUAUUCAUCCAAAAGAUGUAGAAAACCUUGAUAUUUUUUCAAGUGAUGUCUUACUCAAUCAUCCUUAUGUAGAUGAUUCCGAAACUGAGUCUGGAUUUUCCUGUAUUUCCUGUUCCUCUUCAGGGAAUUCAAAACGUCCAAAGCCAGAGUCUCAAGACAAAGAAUCAAAAUCUUCUUGUGCCUGUUCUUCGAAGAAAUCGAAACAACCAAAACCUGAGUCUCAAGAUAAGGAUUCUAAAUCUUCUUGUGCUUGUUCUUCAAAGAAGUCAAAGAGUUCAAAACCUGAGUCUCAAGACAAUGACUCCAAAUCCUCCUGUUCCUGUUCUUCUAAGAACUCGAAGCAACCAAAAUCUGACUCACAAAAUGAAAAGACAGGUCGUCUAAAUGCUGAGUCUCCAGAUAAUGAAUCCAAAUCUUCUUGUGCAUGUUCUUCGAAAAAUAAAACAAAGCGGCCAAAACCAGAGUCUCAAGACAAGGAUUCUAAAUCUUCUUGUGCCUGCUCUUCCAAGAAUAAAUCAAAUCAGCCAAAACCCGAAUCUCAAGACAAGGAUUCUAAAUCUUCUUGUGCCUGCUCUUCCUCAAAGAAAUCAAAACAGCCAGAGCCUGAGCUUCAAUAUGAGGACUCGAGACAACCAAGGCCUGAAUAUCAAUAUGAGGAUUUAAAACAGGCAGAACCUGAGUCUCAAGACAAAGAUUCUAAAUCCUCCUGUGCCUGUUCUUCUUCCAGGAACUCAAAACAGCCAAAACCUGACUCCCAAGACAAAAAGAUGAGACGUCUAAUGGCUGAUCCUCAAGAGAAUGAAUCCAAAUCCUCUUGCGCCUGUUCUUCAAAAAAGUCAAAUCAGCCAAAAUUCGAAUCUCAAGACAAGGAUUCUAAAUCUUCUUGUGCCUGCUCUUCCUCAAAGAAAUCAAAGCAGCCAGAGCCCGAGUUUCAAUAUGAGGACUCGAAACAACCAAGGCCUGAAUAUCAAUAUGAGGAUUUAAAUCAGCCAAAACCUGAGCCUCAAGACAAGGACUCAAAAUCCUCUUGUGCCUGUUCUUCCAAGAAAUCAAGACAACCAAAACCCGAAUCUCAAGACAAGAAUUCAAAAUCCUCUUGUGCCUGCUCUUCCAAGAAUAAGUCAAAUCAGCAAAAGCCUAAGUCUCAAGACAAGGAUUCUAAAUCUUCCUGUUCUUGCUCUUCUUCAAAUAAAUCUAAACAGCCCAAAAAGGAUCCUUCUGGUCUUAUAAUAUAUGACGAUGAUGAUGAGGAACUCACCCCAGUUACUCAUAAUUGCAAUUGCAAAUCAAUAACUAAAGAAAUUGAUUCUGGAUGCAACUGUAGUAACACAGAAAAUCUUUACAAAAAUAACAGAGAAGUUGAUAAUCGUUUAUUAUUGAUGAAAGAAGAUACUAAAAAGAGAAAUGUAAACGGCUAUUCUUACCAAGUUAAUUCGGCUCCAAAGGAUGAAGUAAUAGUUGUAACAAUGCCAACAAGUGGUCCCCAAGCUUUAGCUCAGAGACCAUCUGAUGAGAGGUCUUAUCCCAAUAAUGAAAAUAUAUAUGGAAGUAGAAACAAUACUCAGGGUCCCUUAGAUCAAGGUGGCUCAUAUAACCCUGACUUGAUCAGAGUUGUUGAUGAAGAUCCAGUUUAUAUAGUCUCUGAUGCACAUAGAACAGCUGAAUCUGCUGACACUACUACUACUACUACUACUACUACUACUACUACCACCACCACCACCACUACUACUACUACUACUACUACUACUACUACUACCAGAGUGACUUACGUCGCUCCAAUAAUCAUUCCAUCUACCACCACUACUACUACCACUACUACCACCACCACUACUACACCUGUUGAUAGGUAUACCGAUCGUUUUAGAGGAACCUCUAAAAACGUACCAGUUUCCAGGAUUUGGAGAGCAACUCCAGAAGAUAAAAGACCAAAGAACCCAAUGAGUUUUCCAGAGCCUAGUCAAGUGUUGGGUACAUACUCUCAAAGACCAACACGUUUACCGAGAUUGGUAAGACGUGAAUAA